UCUUUGAUAAAGCGAAGGCAAACAAAACCACCUCGUGUCGUCGCACAUAACUGCACUCGCCACUUUCCGUUUUUGUUGUUCUUCUUCUGCCUCCCUUCAUCGCGGUCACAUCACGGAACCCUAAUAAAUCUCCCGUUCCGGCGAAUUUCCUCUGCUCCAUCCACACAACAAAUCUCCUUCCCCAUCGCAUCCCCUCUCUUUGGCAUUUGAUGAGCAUGUCGGCGCAGGAGAGUCCUGCGAUCGCAGAGAAGGCGGAGAUGGUCGCGCUGCCUACUGCUUCGAACGAGACCGUCGACGUCGAGGCCGGAAAGGCGGAUGCGACUGCCGCAUCGGCGGCGGAUUUGUACCCGAAUAUGACUGAGGUCCCCCGGCUCCGCUGGAUGUUCAUCCGUAAGGUCUACGCGAUCAUCGGCGCCCAGUUCGUCUUCACCGCCGGCGUCGCCUCCGUGAUCUCCUUCGUCCACCCUAUCCCCGACUUCUUCCGUUCCCGAACCCUGGCCGCGUUGGGCGUCUUCAUCGCCAUCAUGAUGUUGCCGCUACUCGCGAUGUGGCCCAUGCUGCGAUUCCGGGAGCGCCACCCGAUCAAUCUAGUAUUCUUGGCGAUCUACACUCUUAGCAUCAGCCUUUGCAUCGGUGUCACGUCCGCGACUAUUGCUGGAAGAGCCAUGCUACAAGCUGUAAGUGUUACUGCUGCCAUUGUCAUCGCGCUCACAUUGUACACUUUCUGGGCAGCAAGAAAAGGCCUUGAUUUUUCCUUCCUUGAUCCAUUUCUAUUUGCAUGCCUUCCAGUGCUUCUGAUUUAUAUCACAAUUCAGAUUUUCUUCCCUCUGCCAAACAUCGCCUACACAAUAUAUAGUUGUAUAGCCUCUACAAUCUUCUCAGCCUUUAUAGUCAUUGACACUGAGAAAAUGAUUAAGCGCCACACUUACAACGAAUACAUCAUUGCUGCAAUCUCCUUAUACAUGGACAUCAUCAACCUCCUCUUGUCCAUCUUAGGUUUCUCAGCUCACAAUUGAUCUAGCAUUAACAGGCUUCCUUCAUGCCAGCAGAGAAUCCAGGUCCUGGUACAUAUAUAGCUUAAUCACAGUACAUGAAAACAUUUACUUUCCGACUCACUUUGUUGCUACUUUAGAUUAUAAUGAAUUUCAAAUGAUUCUCAUACUCAUGUUAGUUUGCUCUUAUUUUGUUUCGCUUUAUUCUUGGUUUUCUAGUCUUCGUUGGACCUGGAUGUGAUAUCAAGUAAUGAAAAUGAUAAUAGUCGAUCUGCCACUAUAUUAUUCCAA